ACAGAAGACAACUUCGAAUACAGCCGACAUGUCCAAGACAAAAACGAAGCGCGCGCGCCGUGAAUUGAAGCGCGAGGGUGAGAGAAAAAUAGCAGCACACCACCGCAAGGCAGCAGCAAAAGCCGCAGAAACAAAACAAGCAGCGACAAAACCACCUGCAAAGAAGAAGCAAAAGAUGAACUCGACCGCCGCAAAAGACGCACCCCCAGCGACAAAGCCCGCUCAUGUCCAACCGUCGCAACGAAAACACGCCAUCCCCUUUGGCGAAUACGACCACAUCCUCCUCGUCGGCGAGGGCGACUUCAGCUUCACCCGCUCCCUCGCCAUCGAGCACGGCUGCGCAAACGUCACAGCCACAAGCUACGACUCGCGCGAAGACGUCGAAAGCAAAUACCCAACCUUUGGUCCCAUCUCCGCCGAGCUCUCCUCCCUCACACCCCCCGUCCCACUCUUCCACUCCAUCGACGCCACAAAACUAUCAAGCUACAAGCACCUCCGCUGCAAGCGCGACGACGACGACGACGAGCAAGGCUGGGACGCCAUCGCCUUCAUGUUCCCACACACGGGCGGUCUCUCUACAGAUGUGAACCGCCAGGUCCGCGCAAACCAAGCAUUGCUGGUUGAAUUUUUCAAGUCGUGCAUCGACACCAAAGAUGCGAAGCGGAGAUUACACAUUUUGCAGACACAGAAGAGGGAACAGGAGGACAAGAGUAGGAAGAGGAAGAGGGACCACCAGGCGAAACAAGAUUCCCAAGAGCAUGACAAGAAGAAACAGCAGCAGAAUGUGAGACCUUUUCUUCGCAUGGGCGGUAGGAUAAUAGUUACGCUUUUCGAAGGCGAACCCUACACUCUAUGGAAUAUCCGCGACUUAGCCCGGCACGUUGGUCUGCGCGUCGUCGAGAGCUGGAAGUUCGACUGGGAGCAGUAUCCAGGUUACCAUCACGUUCGCACGCUGGGGGCGCUCGAGGGGGGUGGCGGGUGGAAAGGCGAGGAUCGCGAGGCGAGAAUGUAUGUGUUUGAGAAGAUUCCGCUUGUGGCUGAUAGCGAUGAGGAGAAGGAAAUGGACAGGUUGGCGAAGGUGGCGAGGGGUGGAAGGUUGCCGAGUCAGAAGGAGGCGAUGAAGGCGGCUUUGCAGGGGGAUGAGGAGAAGGAUGAUGACGAUGAUGAGGAAGAAGAAAAAGAAGAAGAAGAGGAGGAGGAUUGAGGCUAUGAAUCUCAUUCAAAAAAAGAUAUACCCGUCUUUCAAGACUUGGAAAAAGACCGUACCACCAAUACAAGCAGGACUAAAACCCACGCCGGGGCAUCCUGCCACGAUAAACCGAAAAAAAAAAGAAAACGCCCCGCUAUGCGCAUAUAAACCCUCGUAGCAAAAAGACCCAACCUCCUGCUCCAUGGAAAGAAAAGACACGAAAAAAAAGCAAGAAUCACAUAAUAUACACCUUCCGCACCUC